AUGACUCCUCAACUCAAGGGGCCGGAGGAUUACUCCUCGAACCCCAGCACGAUAAGAGCCAGACGCCGGAAAGACAAGUUGCAAGGCGGAGCAAAGGUCCUGGACCAUGCAAAGAUGGCUGACUACAAGGCUUUGAUCGAUGCGCGAAAGGCCGUGCAGAAGAAGGACGAGUACAAAAAAGCCACAAAGCCAAUGCAGGAGCAGAUGUUGACAGAAGCCAUGGCAUCGACCAUGGAGAAGCGCUUCAUGGCCAACAAUGGACCAAUGCCUCCCGCACCUCACCAAGCCUACCCGGUGAGUUCGUCGCCGUCUCUGUUUGUUAACCACCCCAUGACAACAAUGUCCGCGCCGUUCCAUACCAUUCCCAACCCGCCACCCCCUGCGGCUCACUUUCCCCGAACCAGCACGGCCACGGCUGACGGCAACAUGCCGGGUGGCGGCGACGUGGACUCGAUACGCAGUAUUCUCGAGAACCUCGUGCCAGCCGUGCGCAACGUCACUAGGCACGUUGACAAUCUGCACACGCAGGUAGGGCAGCUUCGACAGGAGCUUUGUGCGCACACGAACCGUGCUGGAGAGACAGACACCAAGGUCGUUCAGGCAGAGAACGACGUCCAGGUGUUGACCAGUGAGACGGUGCCGCAGCUGUGGGAGGCGCUCAGUAAACUGGAGACAGCAGUCAGUGGCAUCGAGACCAAGGUCGGCCAGGGCUCCGAUGCCGAGAUGACCAAGAUGCGCGGUGUCAUGAGGGGAUUCCAGGACGCGCUGAACAGCGCCGGAGGCUACAACUGA